UCGGUCGACAACGCGUAUCUACCGUCACGGUGUACAUAAUACAUCGUUCCGGCAUUCCUGAUACGUGUCCGUCCAUCCCGUGCGCGCGUGUGUCCCGCCUGUUGUUUCUGCUAGCCCCGCUACGAGCUCGGCAUACAUUACGAAAUCUAUAUGGGGAUUGUCCGCCGUCGCCGCGUCUCGCGUCUGGUGGGAUCUCUCGUUCGUGUGUACGCGUAAAGGGCGCCCGGCCGGUCGGCGCGCCUCACCGUUCAGGAACAGAUAAACAUGCAUCGGGGACGGCAGUUACUCUGCCUUCUGGCGCUCGGCCUCCUCGCCCUGCCGACCCGCGCCGACGAGCACACCCAUGUCUAUGAGGAUGGUGACGAGGUUGUACUAUGGAUGAGCACCGUAGGGCCGUAUCACAAUCGUCAGGAGACAUACUCCUAUUACUCUCUACCCUUUUGUACAGGCACUAAGAAUGUCAUCAAUCAUUAUCAUGAGACUCUUGCGGAGGCUUUACAAGGCAUCGAGUUAAAGUUCAGUGGCUUAGAUAUUGAAUUCAAAGAGGAUAUCUCAAAGACAGAAUACUGCCAGAUAAGCUUAAAUGAAGAAAGUCAGAAAGCGUUUGCAUAUGCGAUAAAGAAUCAAUAUUGGUAUCAAAUGUAUAUCGAUGAUUUACCAAUAUGGGGUGUUGUAGGAGAGAUGGAAAACAAUGAUGGAAUUGCAGUGGCAGAUUCAUAUUAUAUCUACGCGCAUAAAAAGUUUGAUAUUGGUUAUAAUGGCAAGCAAAUAGUAGAUGUUAAUUUGACCAGUGAUAACAAAGUGAAGCUAGUACAAGGCGCGCGUAUACCUUUUAGUUAUGAAGUCAAUUGGAAGAAGAGCAAUAUCAAGUUUGAAGAUAGAUUUGACAAAUAUCUGGAUCCUAACUUCUUUCAGCACAGAAUACAUUGGUUUAGCAUCUUUAACAGUUUCAUGAUGGUGAUUUUCCUCGUUGGACUUGUUUCAAUGAUUUUGAUGCGUACUUUGAGAAAGGAUUAUGCAAGAUAUAGUAGAGACGAAGAAAUGGACGAUAUGGAGAGAGAUUUAGGCGACGAGUAUGGUUGGAAACAAGUACACGGAGAUGUCUUUAGACCUGCGAGUCACGCUAUGCUUUUCUCAGCUCUCAUAGGAGCAGGCUAUCAGGUCACAGUGGUGGUGCUGAGCGUGAUUAUCUUCGCUAUCCUGGGUGAACUUUACACGGAACGCGGUUCAAUGUUGUCAACAGCGAUAUUUGUCUAUGCCGCCACGUCGCCUAUCAAUGGUUACGCGGGUGGUGGGCUGUAUGCCCGAAUGGGCGGACGCGUAUGGAUCAAACAAAUGAUCCUCAGCGCUUUUAUGCUGCCGCUCAUGGUUUGCGGCACUGCUUUCUUCAUCAAUUUCAUCGCCAUGUAUUAUCAUGCCAGCAGAGCGAUACCCUUCGGAUCUAUGGUUGCGGUGACGUGUAUCUGCAUAUUUGUGAUAUUACCACUGACACUGGUAGGUACCAUUCUAGGCCGUAAUCUCGCUGGGACACCGGACGCUCCGUGCCGCGUAAACGCAGUGCCUCGACCGAUACCGGAGAAGAAAUGGUUUAUGGAACCGCUAGUGAUUAUAAUGCUUGGCGGAAUCCUACCCUUCGGUUCGAUCUUCAUUGAAAUGUACUUCGUCUUUACCUCAUUCUGGGCGUAUAAGAUUUAUUACGUCUACGGUUUUAUGUUGUUAGUGUUCGUUAUCCUCAUGAUAGUGACGGUGUGCGUCACUAUUGUAUGUACAUAUUUCUUGCUGAAUGCCGAAGACUAUCGAUGGCAAUGGACGAGUUUUCUUGCAGCGGCUUCAACAGCCGGUUACGUCUACAUUUAUUCCUUUUACUACUUCUUCUUCAAAACUAAAAUGUACGGUCUCUUCCAAACAGCGUUUUAUUUCGGCUACAUGGCAUUGUUCAGUUUGGCCCUGGGUAUUAUGUGCGGAACGGUCGGAUAUAUCGGCACUAAUGCAUUCGUGCGAAAGAUAUAUUCCACAGUCAAAAUAGAUUAAAAGGAUAUCACUGAUCAAAGUAUUCGCAUCGUAGAUUGGACGAUGUAAUUCCUGAAACUGCGCGUGCGCGACACUCGCUGCUCUCGACGAAAUAAAAUAUACAUUUCCUCCACCCAAAACGGCUGUCCGUUAUGUUGCUCGAGAGUGCGAUUCUUAUUUUUCAGCUUUAUGCUAGCCGUCAACUUAACUAAUGAUCGCUCUAGAAGCGGCGCGGUGUGUGUCCUUCGUCAACAUACUAUCUUCCAACGGAUCCCACGCGCGCUUAUUGUUUAAAUAUUCAGACAACGUCUUCAUCUCGCAUUUGUUCGUAUUUGUCCGUUUUCUUUUGAUACAAGUACAUUCGAUCAAAGAUACAUUGUACUGACAUACACAACGGAUCCUACUGUACAUGUGCGUGUGUCGCAAAUGCAGUCACCUGUCAAUAAUAAAAUAAUUGUAAGUGUUAGUCAAA